AUGUUGCGACAGUUGAGCGCGCACGCGCCGCGUGUGGCCUUCAACUUCAAGUCGAGGAGAUUAGUUCACGGUGGCUGCGGCCAAAGAUUGACCACACGCGCAUUGUCCUCCGCCACCGUAUCGCCGCCGUCGAAGGCGAUCGUGUACGAUGUGCACGGGCCACCGGACACGGUGACUAAGUUGGUGGAGGUUCCGGCCGUUGAAGUGAAAGAGAAAGAGGUGUGUGUGAAGAUGCUAGCUGCUCCUAUCAACCCCUCAGAUAUCAAUAGAAUACAGGGCGUUUAUCCGGUGCGGCCAGACCCACCGGCAGUGGGUGGAUACGAAGGCGUUGGAGAAGUUCUCUCAGUGGGGUCCUCAGUCACCUCUCUCUCUUCUGGUGACUGGGUUAUUCCCUCGCCGCCCUCUUUCGGGACAUGGCAGACGUAUAUUGUGAAGAAUGAGAAUGUUUGGCACAAGAUAGAGAAGGGUGUGCCUAUGGAAUAUGCGGCUACAAUUACUGUUAAUCCCUUGACUGCACUUCUCAUGCUUGAACACUGUGUUACAUUGAAUUCUGGAGAUUCUAUUGUGCAAAAUGGGGCUACCAGCAUGGUUGGCCAGUGUGUCAUUCAGCUUGCCAAGUCUCGUGGAAUUCACAGCAUUAAUAUUAUAAGGGACAGGCCUGGGGUCGAUGAAGUAAAAGAAAUGCUUAAGAAUUUGGGGGCUGAUGAAGUUUUUACUGAGAGCGAAUUGGAAGUGAAGAAUGUCAAGAGUUUCCUGGGUGGUAUACCUGAACCUGCACUGGGAUUUAACUGUGUUGGUGGCAAUGCUGCUUCUUUGGUACUCAAGUUUUUGAGACAGGGAGGAACUAUGGUGACGUACGGUGGAAUGUCUAAAAAACCUGUCUCUGUGUCAACAUCAUCCUUCAUAUUUAAGGAACUGUCCUUGAGGGGAUUCUGGUUGCAGAAAUGGUUGAGCGCAGAUAAAGCUGAAGAGAGCAGAGGAAUGAUAGACAGACUUUUGAGUCUUGUUCAAGAAGGAAAGUUAAAAUACAAAAUGGAAUUGGCUUCCUUUGACGAUUUCAGCACAGCAUUGGAUAAAGCGCUGGGAAAACUAGGGAGCCAACCUAAGCAAGUAAUCAAAUUCUAA